GUGCGUUUAGGACUCGAUCAAUUUCAGGUCUCAGCCCUCCGUGUUAGAGGCAGCUCAACGUAAGUGACAUGCCACAUGACUCCUUCUAGGCCUAAGGAUAGAAUCUGGCUUGAUGGUUUCAAGUAAGACAUUACAUACAGUCUUGCAACUACAUACUAACGAAUGUUAGUCUAGCAUCCAUAUAGCAUGAAUUCAACCAAAGAUUCUGACAAAAUAACGGCGACGGCGGCAGAUUACCACAUCUCUACACGCGGCGCUGAAGGGUUGCUUUUACGCGAUGUUUGGGGCCCCCGAGAAAAGUCAAUGGGCAAUCCGUGGACUCUAGAAAAUCCCAACGGGACGCAAGUAACCCUGUAUCAAAUUCCUUUGGUCAAAACUUACACUCUUCAGUGUCAUCCUCCGCCUAGCUGAGAAUAGUCUGAUGCACAAUGAGAUCGCGGAUUUCAUAAAACAAAAGGUCAGCGUUCUUCCAGUGAACCACUUGACCUACAGCACUGGACCACGAGGAUCGCACCGCCUACGCCUUGCGGCCGCGAACUUUCUAACAGAAGAAUUCAAUCCCCGAAAGCCUCUUGGUAUUGGUAAUAUUCUCAUCACUCCAGGCCUGGCUAGUGCUAUUGAUGCACUGGCUUGGACUUUCUGCGAUGAAGGAGAUGCUAUAUUGAUUCCACAGCCGUUGUAUAAUGGAUUCAGGGUCGACCUAUUGAACCGUAGUAACGUUCAGGUGAUUGGCGUCUCCUACACUGGAGUUGAAGGAUACACGGUCCUCGACGAUGUAUUCGACCCCGAAGUCAACAGGAGAGCCAUAGCCAGGGCGCUCGAUAGAGCCAAAAGCAACGGCAUCAAGGUCAAGGCUCUAUUAAUUUCCAACCCCCAUAACCCUCUAGGAAGAUGCUACCCACCCGAGACUUUGAUUGUAUUUGCCCGGGCAUGUGGCGAGAACGACCUACACUUCAUCUCUGAUGAGAUCUAUGCCAAGUCAACAUUUCAAAAUCCGGCCAUUCGCGACGCUGUCCCUUUCCUAUCAACACUCUCUCUUGACUUUAGCGGAAUCCUCGACGCGACUCGCCACCAUAUCAUCUAUGGCGCUAGCAAGGACUUCUGCGCCAAUGGCUUACGCCUUGGACUUGUAUGUACUAGGAACGAGGGGGUCAUGGGAGCGCUAUCCAGUAUCAGUAUCUUCUCGUGGUCACCGCACCUCAUCCAGGAUGUGUGGGCUGCUAUGCUGGAAAACAAAUCCUGGCUCGCUGCGUUUACGGCGGAGAAAGCAGACCGCAUGGUCGUCAACCACCGUAUCACGACUUCAUUUUUGCGUGAGCAUAAUAUUCGGUACUUCGACACAAAUGCUGGGCUCUUUAUUUGGGUAGACCUUCGGCAUAUGAUCACGUCGCCAGAGGACUCACAGCAUCGACUCAUACUUGACUCCUUGGACGUUGAAUCUACUUUUGAAAAGACAUAUAGACAGCGCGAGAUACAAAUUGCCGAUAUCUGCAUGAAGCAUGGCGUUUUGGUUGCACCAGGUCACGUGUAUAUGGCGGAGGAAUAUGGUUGGUUUCGGCUAACGUUCACAGUCGGCAAAGAUGCUUUGCAAGAAGGUCUGAAUCGCUUUUUGGAGGCAAUCAAAGAGGCAGAAGCACAUAAGCCGCAUACUUGAAUGACCAUGAUCAUUCAAAUCAUCUCUGUCAUUAGGGGUUUUGUGAGGUAGAAUAGCGUAAAAGCGAGGUAAUGCAACGGAGCAACUGUCACUGGA